GUCAAUCAAGAGGCACGCCUGGUCAAGUAUACAGAAUUUUACAACGAUUCAUUGAACAGUUUUAUUGACUUUAUGGACGAUUUUAAAAGAUUCAGAGAAAAGUUGUUUGCCCUGUGCAAUUUUCCGUUCGUGUUGACGGUGACAACCAAAGCCAAUAUUUUGAAAUUGGAGUCCUCAGUGCUCAUGCGCGAAAAGCUGCAGCUGGCAUUCUUUCGAGCAGUGUUCGUUGGCGUGAACCCCCCAUAUCUUUUGCUCACUAUCCGGAGAGAUUAUAUCAUCGAGGAUGCAUUGGUGCAGCUUCAGCACAAAUCGCACGAAGACCUUAAGAAGCAACUCAAGGUCAAGUUUGUCAACGAGGAGGGCAUUGACGAGGGUGGAGUUCAAAAAGAAUUUUUCCAGCUGGCCAUGCGUGAACUGAUCGAUCCCAAGUAUGGGAUGUUCGUUACAAACGAGGAGUCUCGUCUAUGUUGGUUUGCACAAAGCCCGCUGGAUGACGAACUCACACUGGAUGAAUACAAUAUGGUUGGACGACUCAUUGGUCUAGCUAUUUACAACGGCAUUAUUCUGGAUAUACAUUUCCCCUUGGCACUAUACAAAAAGUUGGCACUCGCCGCAGAUUCAUCCGCCAAUUCACAAAAGCUGGACGAUCAGUGGGAUUUGGAUGACUUGGCUGAGAUUGAUCCGACACUGUCAAAGGGCCUGCGGCAAUUGGAGACGUUUGAGGGGGACGUUUUGGAGGCCUAUGAUCGGACGUUUCAGAUCGAGUAUGAGUCUUUGGGUCAGACAUACCAGCACGAUCUCAUUUCUGGCGGAGCAUCUAUUCCGUUGACAAACACGAACCGUUCAGAGUUCAUCAAAGAGUACCUCAAGUUUUACUUUACGACGUCGAUCACCAAGCAGUUCAAUGCUUUCAGUGAGGGUUUUAAUCUCGUCACGCUUGGAAGUGCAAUCCAGCUCUUUAGACCAGAGGAGGUCGAGCAAUUGAUUUGCGGUUCCCCUGACCUCGAUUUCCAUGCUCUAGAGCAUAUCACGCAGUAUGAAGGCGGAUUCCACGCGAAGUCAAGGAUCAUAAGGUGGUUCUGGGAAACUGUUCAUGCAUAUGAUGAAAAGGACAAGAAACGGCUGCUAUUUUUUGCUACAGGAUCAGAUCGAGUGCCAAUUGGAGGUCUUGGUCAUCUGUCGUUCACGAUCUCCAAGAACGGCCCUGACUCUAUGCGGCUCCCCACCUCCCACACCUGUUACAAUACGCUGAUGCUUUGCGCGUAUUCCUCGAAAGAAAGAUUGCAGGAGCGGCUCAUGACUGCCAUUGGCAAUGCUGAGGGCUUUGGGCUCAUGUAGAAGAGAAGCCGAUUGGCUUUGCAAGUUGACUUAUCUGCAGACGCGAUACCCCGCUAUUAUGCUAGCCCUCGCGAAUGACAUGCCGCUUUGGGAACACACAAUGCUUCGCUGUUUCUGUUAUGUGCAGCUUGCGGGCUGCUUUCCAGACACCUAGCUAUCCCUCGUGCCAAUAACAUCUGCGCUCUUGGUCUUCCAGGAAAUGUCACCUACCUUUUAAGGAGCUCGUCGCCAGCGCCAGAAAAACUUUUAAUGCCCUGGCAUGAUUGAAGUCUGCUCUUUAGUACGACGAUACAGAGUUGAUGACGAGUCAUGACAAUAAAGUCCAUCCCCCUUGGAAUUGUUCUUCACUUAUGUUCGCUGAUCUGCCCACAGCUGUACCUUUACAACGUCGUCGAACGAGGAUGCGCCAAUGACGGAUGCUCGGUGAGGGACGACCAGAAGCUGGGCGGAUGUAGAGAGGCGAGGUCAAUGUCUAUAAUAGGGACGAGUACAGUUGAUA